AGGCAAUUUUGGAAAAUUAUAUUACUUGGACAAUUCUUAGCUUUUAUGAUUUGCGGGACAGCUGUCAGCAGUCAGGUUUUACAGGCUAGACAUGGUGUAGACGCUCCAACUGCUCAGAGUUUUAUUAAUUAUUUAGCCCUUGCAUUCGUGUAUAUGCCUCUCUUCGUAUUUCGUCCUAAGCGAUUGCACAAGGUGCUGCGUUGGAGAUCGUUAGGAUACUUCUUGGUAGCUCUUGCCGAUGUUGAAGCCAACUAUUUACUGGUUAAAGCCUAUCAGUACACAACCUUAACGAGCGUACAGCUACUCGAUUGCAUUACCAUACCAGCGGUAAUGAUUCUUUCCCGUAUAUUUCUCAAAGUACAUUAUCGUAUCGUUCAUUUAGUUGGGGUGAUUAUUUGCAUGAGUGGUGUAGGUGCAUUAAUUGGGGCAGAUGCGCAAAACAACCAUGCCCCUGGUCAAAAUCCUAUCCUUGGAGAUAUGUAUGCUCUUAUUGGUGCUACGUUAUAUGCUGUGACUAAUGUCGCCGAAGAAUAUUCCGUUAAAUUUUAUACUAGAUUAGAAUUCCUUGGAAUGAUCGGAUUCUUUGGUAGCCUUAUUAGUGGAAUUCAAUUAAUUAUUCUAGAAAGACAGCAACUGGUAUUAGCGGAAUGGAAUUCUGAAAUAAUCGGACUUUUUAUUGGAUUUGGCAUCUGUAUGUUUUUAUUAUACUCACUGGCACCUGUAUAUAUGAGAAUGAGCAGUGCAACGACUUUCAACCUAUCGAUAUUAACGGCGGACUUUUACGUAUUCAUUUUCGGUCUGGCUUUAUUCCAUUUCAAGUUUUCUGGUCUAUAUAUCUUGAGUUUUUGUCUGGUCGUUGUUGGUUUAAUAGUGUACAAU